GCGGAAACACUCACAUGUCCCUUUAGCAUCGACACGGCUGUGUGUUGAGCAGAGAGAGAGAGCGAUCAAACGCAUGUGAUGACGAGGAGAAUCACAGGAAUAGAUGGACACCCCCAUCUCUGUGUGCGAUUGACGACACAAUGCUUGUUCUGCACACACCUCUGAGAAACACUCACUCUCUCUCUCUCUCUCUCUCCCUCCCCUUCUGUCCCCCUCUCUCUCUCUCUCGGUCUCUGAAGGAGUAAUGGAGCGGAUCAGCAUGUAGACAGCAUCCGACUGGAAGCAGGUAGAAUGGGAAAGCACGUAUGGAGAGCCGCCGGUCUGCAGCCCUGGUGAAUGUCCUCGGGACCGGGAUCUUUCCGAUGGCUGUCGCGUCCCAGUUCGCAUAACGCAGAGGAUCUUCAAUUGCAGACAGCGGACCGGAUCUGUUUUUUCCUCAUCCUUCUUCUCUCUUACCUUCUAUUCUCUCGUGCAUUUUUUUUUUUGUUGUUGUUUAUAGACACCUGUUCUCCAGCCACAGAUGGGACUCCUCUGACCGUGUGUCUCAUUUCAAUCUCAAUCCGUUUUUAAGAAAAGCAAUACUCAGCCAUCAUGGGGGACUUGACGAAUAGCGAUUUUUACACCAAGAACCAAAGAAGCGACAGCAACCAUGCGUCGGGGUUUGGCUGCUCUCUCAUGGAGCUGCGUACCCUCAUGGAGCUCCGAGGAACCGAGGCGGUGGUCAAAAUACAGGAGGACUAUGGAGGCGUCGAGGGAAUGUGCCAGAGGCUGAAAACCUCACCGACAGAGGGUCUGACUGGAGACGCCACAGAUCUAGAUAAAAGAAAAGAAGUCUUCGGGCAAAAUCUUAUACCUCCAAAGAAGCCAAAAACUUUUUUACAGUUAGUGUGGGAAGCAUUGCAAGACGUGACCCUCAUCAUCCUCGAGAUCGCAGCCAUGAUCUCCCUGGGUCUGUCGUUCUAUCAGCCGCCUGGAGAGGGCAGCGAGUCGUGUGGGACCGCGGCCGCGGGAGCCGAGGACGAGGGCGAGGCCGAGGCCGGCUGGAUCGAGGGAGCUGCGAUCUUACUCUCAGUGGUGUGUGUUGUUCUGGUCACGGCCUUCAACGACUGGAGCAAAGAGAAGCAGUUCAGGGGUUUACAGAGCCGCAUCGAGCAGGAGCAGAAGUUCCAGGUGGUGCGAGGAGGCCAGGUCAUACAACUCCCCGUUUCAGAUAUUGUCGUUGGUGAUAUCGCACAGAUCAAAUAUGGCGACCUGCUCCCGGCGGACGGGGUCUUGAUACAAGGCAACGAUCUGAAGAUCGAUGAGAGUUCUCUGACGGGAGAAUCCGACCAUGUGCGCAAAUCUGCAGAUAAAGACCCCAUGCUUCUCUCUGGCACGCAUGUGAUGGAGGGCUCGGGUCGGAUGGUGGUCAUGGCUGUCGGGGUGAACUCUCAGACCGGGAUCAUCUUCACUUUACUCGGUGCUGGCGGAGAGGAGGAGGAAAAAAAAGAGAAGAAAGGUCAGGCUCUGGAGGACGGCCAUCAGCUGGCAGACUGCUCGCAUCCCUCCUCACACCCCAUCGCGACUAUAGCUACCGAUGGUGCGGCAAGCGCAAAUGCCCCUGGUAAUACCAGCCUAGUCAAUGGUAAAAUGCAGGAUGGAAAUAUGGAGAACAACCAGACCAAAGUGAAAAAGCAAGAUGGCGCUGCUGCGAUGGAGAUGCAGCCCUUGAAGAGCGCAGAGGGAGGAGAAACCGAUGAAAAGGAGAAGAAGAAAGCCAACGUCUCCAAGAAAGAGAAAUCCGUUCUGCAAGGAAAACUGACAAAGCUGGCUGUGCAAAUCGGCAAAGCAGGUUUGGUAAUGUCUGCCAUUACAGUCAUCAUCCUGGUGCUUUACUUCGCAAUCGAUAACUUUGUGCUUCAGAAGAGGCCGUGGCUGCCGGAGUGCACUCCAGUCUACAUUCAGUAUUUUGUCAAAUUCUUUAUUAUUGGUGUAACUGUCCUGGUGGUCGCGGUUCCCGAAGGCCUUCCGCUUGCUGUUACCAUUUCUCUGGCCUACUCUGUGAAGAAAAUGAUGAAGGAUAACAAUUUGGUCCGCCAUCUGGACGCUUGCGAGACCAUGGGCAAUGCCACGGCGAUCUGCUCAGACAAGACUGGGACGCUGACCACCAACCGCAUGACAGCAGUGCAAUGCUUUGUGGGGGAUUUCCAUUACAAGACGAUACCAGAGCCCAGCUCCAUCCCAGCCAAAACCCUGGAGAUACUGGUCAAUGCUAUAGCCCUCAACAGCGCCUACACUACUAAAAUACUGCCUGCAGAUAAAGAGGGAGGUCUUCCCAAACAAGUGGGCAACAAAACCGAGUGUGGCCUUCUGGGACUGGUUCUGGACCUGAAGCGAGACUACCAGACCGUCCGCAACCAGAUCCCCGAGGAGAAACUCUACAAGGUUUACACGUUCAACUCAUCGAGGAAAUCCAUGAGCACCGUCAUCAAGCUUCCCGACGGAAACUUCAGGAUGUACAGCAAAGGAGCGUCUGAAAUCAUCCUUAAAAAGUGCGCUCUCAUUCUGAACGAUGUUGGAGAAACACGCGUGUUCAGGCCGAGGGACAGGGACGAGAUGGUGAAGAAAAUCAUCGAACCCAUGGCGUGUGAUGGACUCAGGACCAUCUGUGUGGCCUAUCGAGACUUCUCUGGAAACCCCGAGCCCAACUGGGAGGACGAGAACAACAUCCUGACCGACCUGACCGCUAUAUGUGUUGUUGGUAUUGAGGAUCCUGUCAGACCUGAGGUGCCCGACGCCAUCCUGAAAUGCCAGCGUGCUGGAAUCACUGUGCGUAUGGUGACAGGUGACAACAUCAAUACGGCACGAGCGAUCGCUAUUAAAUGUGGCAUCAUCCAGCCCGGAGAAGACUUUCUGUGUAUCGACGGGAAAGAGUUCAACAGGAGGAUCAGGAACGAGAAGGGAGAGGUUGAGCAGGAACGGAUCGAUAAAGUCUGGCCGAAACUGCGAGUGCUUGCCAGAUCCUCACCGACGGACAAACACACACUAGUCAAAGGUAUUAUCGACAGCACUCUGGUGGAUCAGCGGCAGGUCGUCGCUGUCACCGGCGAUGGAACAAACGACGGGCCGGCUCUGAAGAAGGCAGACGUCGGGUUUGCCAUGGGAAUCGCAGGCACAGAUGUGGCCAAAGAGGCGUCCGACAUCAUCCUGACCGACGAUAACUUCUCCAGCAUCGUGAAGGCCGUGAUGUGGGGACGUAACGUUUACGACAGCAUCUCCAAGUUCCUCCAGUUCCAGCUCACCGUGAACGUGGUGGCCGUGAUCGUGGCCUUCACCGGAGCCUGUAUCACACAGGAUUCUCCUCUGAAAGCAGUGCAGAUGUUGUGGGUAAACCUGAUCAUGGACACGUUCGCAUCUCUGGCUUUGGCCACCGAACCGCCCACUGAGUCUCUGUUGAUGAGGAAACCCUACGGCCGGAACAAACCCCUGAUCUCCAGUACCAUGACCAAGAACAUACUGGGCCACGGUGUGUACCAGCUCACCAUCAUCUUCACGCUGCUGUUUGCAGGUGAGCAGAUCUUUGACAUCGACAGCGGCAGACACGCGCCGCUUCAUUCUCCUCCCUCUGAGCACUACACCAUCAUAUUCAACACCUUCGUCAUGAUGCAGCUCUUCAACGAGAUCAACGCCCGCAAGAUCCACGGAGAGAGAAACGUGUUUGAAGGAAUUUUUAGAAAUCCCAUCUUCUGCUCCAUUGUAAUCGGCACUUUCGCCAUUUCAGGUAACAACAUUGUAAUUAUUCAGUUUGGAGGAAAGCCGUUCAGUUGUUCUCCUCUGGACCUGGAGAAGUGGAUGUGGUGUGUUUUCCUUGGGCUGGGAGAGCUGGUCUGGGGACAGGUUAUAUCAACUAUCCCGAACAGCAAGCUGAGGUUCCUCAAAGGAGCUGGUCGUCUGACUCAGAAGCAUGAGAUGACGGCCGAGGAGGAGAUGAACGAGGACCAGGAGGAGAUCGAUUACACAGAGAGAGAGUUACGACGAGGACAGAUCCUCUGGUUCAGAGGCCUCAACAGAAUCCAGACACAGAUCGAGGUAGUGAACACCUUCAAGAGCGGGACUUCAGUUCAGGGGGCUUUGAGACGCCAGUCCUCCACCACCAGUCAAAAUCAGGAUAUACGUGUUGUGAACGCAUUUCGUAGCUCGCUCUACGAAGGCUUGGAAAAACCCGACUCCAGAACCUCCAUCCACAAUUUCAUGACUCAUCCGGAGUUUAGAAUAGAGGACUCCACACCUCACAUUCCUCUUAUAGACGACAUCGACAUUGACGAGGCGGCGAGGAAGAACUCCAGCCCGCCCACGUCUCCCAACAAGAACAACAACGCCAUCGAUAGCGGUAUAAACCUGACAACCGACACGAGUAAAUCUGCUGCUUCCUCCAGUCCCGGGAGCCCGCUUCAUAGUCUGGAGACAUCGCUUUAGCCAUGAGAUCAUCUCCACAGUCAUCUUAAACUCUACGUUUAGAAGCACUCCGGAGCGCAUGCGAACUGUCGACCGAAGGCGUGGUCGCGCCACUUUCUUUUUUUUUUCCUUUUGAACGUACGACUCGGAUGAUCGCGGAGUGACUCGAGAAACUAUACAAGAAACCACGAGCGCAGACACGGCGCUCCCAUUUCCUGAGGAAACGACAGACUAUUACGAGUAAUUUAAAUCAAAUUCAGCUAUUAUCGUUGCUCCUGCAUGAAUGUACAUUACCCAGGUUUUUAUUCGGAAACCUUUAUUUUUAUUUAAACGGUUUGAUUUGAUUUGGUGGGACGUGCGGUGGACUGCUAUUUUACGACAGCUUAUCUGAUUCACUGACCUGUGAGUAUUGUGUGUGGCAUGUAUCUAAUUGUAUAGAUUUAUUUGGUUAUUGAUUAAGGUGUAUCCAGGUCGCAGGGCUCAACUUGCACAGUAGAUUUGCACCUGUCGGAAAAGAGAAACCCAUGGAAAUUAGAAUUUAUUAAGCGUACAUAUAUAUUUAUAGACACAUUAUAAAUAUAUAUUUACAGAGUUUAUCUUUAUUUGUUGGCAUGUUGCCUUGUUCUGCUUCAAUAACUACUUUAACUUAUUUAUGUCCUAAAGAGAAUGUAAUUUGUUUACAAAAACUUGUAGAUACGUCCUGGUUUCUUUGUAGGGUUCAAAACCACGCAGCAGACGUAGUUGGGACAGCUCACAUUGUUCAGUACUCUAGGUGUUUUAUUACCAAUUGUGCGCUGGACUUGCCUGCUAUUUUGUCAAAAAAAAAUUAAAAAAUGUAGAUAUUUUUAGAGGAUAACAAAAGAAACCAAAAUAUAGUGGGAUAUAUCAUUAACGUGGCAUCGUAGUAUUAAAGUCGAGUGUCGGGAUCGACGGCUCUGAUCGGCCCCCGAGAAAAUCCAAUCGGUUCUGCUGGAUUUGAAGGUUUCGUCGAAGUCAACGCUUGCAAUGAACUUGUGGUCAGCCUCAAACGUGGGCAUAUAUAUAUAUAUAAAUAUAUAUCAGGUUGGGUUUAAAUAUCUUCUUUAGAAGUAUAUACUGUUUAACAUAAAAAUAGUUUCAGUUCCGUGUGACCAUCGAAAGCUGCGAUGGCUUUUUAUGUUGGAAACGUGUAAACUAAGUUAUAUUUGGCAUCUCUGUAUGAAAAUCAAAAUUGUGUUCAAAUAUUGUGAUCUAUUGUGUUGAUUCUUCUUUUUUGACAUUUGAUUUGUAGAUUUCUUUUGGUUGAAGGAAACGAGCCCAGCUCCUGAGCUGACGACACUUUGAACAACUGAAAUAUGUAAUGUAACGAAACAAAACCAAUAAGGAAUGUUGCUUUUGACUCUUUUCUUAAAAGAAAGAGAAAAACCCAAACCAACACCGCAACAAAAAAAAAAUUACACACACACACACACACAUUUAUGAUCCUUUUCUGCACUAUCCGGAUAUGAAUGAAUUUCUGUGGUGUAAAUUUAGAUUUAGUGCUUCUGUGUUCAAAUCAAGCUUGUCUUCCUGCAGUCAGUAAAUAUACUCUAGCAUCUCAACAGUAUUCACUAGUCGUUAACUAUUUAUUGUACUCUAGAAUUAAAGGACGAAUGAGCGUCUACCAGAAGGCACACUUAUAAAGUCACCCAUGUAUUCAUUAAUAUUCUUUGCAAUUAUCAGAAAGGCAUGAUGUCAUACACGUAAUAUGCAACUCAUUUUUCGCCAAAUUUGGACUUUUUUUGUUGUUGUUGUUGUUGUUGUUGACAAUUUUCCUCAUCAAGAUGAGGUGCACAAGCUUUAACCGUUAGCUCAGGCAUACUCAAUGAGAGAACGUGUUUUUUUCCCUCCCAGAAAUCUUUAUCAUGUUAACGGGAUAGUUCCUACCCUAUCUCACGACCGAUUCGUACGAAUUCGUACGAAUGAUUCAAAAGUGGCUAAUUCGUACUAAUUCAUACGACCUCACUCGUACAAAUUUGUACGAUUUGUCUAAACCCACGUGACGGUUAUGUUUAGGGGCGGGGUCAGGGGUAGGUCAUUCGUACGAAUUCAUACGAAUUGGCUAAUUCGUAAAAUAUGUACGAUUUAGCUAAAUCGUACUAAUUCGUACGAGUAAGGUCGUACAAAUCGUUACGAAUUAGCCACCUCGUAAAAUUCGUACGAAUUCCCGUGAGAUCGGGUGGGAUAGUUCACCUAAAAAUUACAAUUCUGUCAUCAUUCGGUUCGUCCGCACGACUUCUGCACUACAGUCUUUUGAAGUCGAACCAUUCAGAAGAUUGAAACGAAGUCAUUUCGUCAUGAUACGACCUUUUCAAUUGUAAAGAUGACCUGUUUGCUUUUGGGUGAACUAUCCCUUUAACGUGUUUAAAAGCCUCAUUCACAGCCAUUCUCACAACUGUUGUACACUGACCAAAAGAAUCGCCUCUGACGCGUUGAAAGUUUGUCUGAAAUGUGUGUGGACUGCAAUGAUUGACUCCAGACGAGAUCUUUCACGGUAUGACUGGCCACUUCAGUUCAAUUCAGUUCAGUUUAGUUCUGCGCCCUGUGUUGACGGGCCGAAUAACGGAUGCAGUUUAAAAUGUUGAACCAAUAAAUCGGAAGGAUGACAGCAUUCUAAUAAUCACAAAUAAUAAUAUUUCUUGCAAUACAUCAGCUUCUAUGUACUGUACUUAGCAGCAUGCGUUUUGUGGAACAAAGAGCAUAUGACGCCACAGGUACUUUUGGCGCACUAGCAAUUUAUGGGUAAAUGAAAAGUGUUCAUCCAUCUUGUUUUUAUGAAUUUUAUAAUCUAUACAAUAAUUGUAAAUAAAAAACUCAAUGUCUUUGUUCAUUUAAUACUAUGCAAAAAGUCAAGCUUUCUGAUUGUUUCUCAUCUACCCUAGAGUGUGUUGCUGGAAUGUUUGUGGUCUCAAAGUCAGUAAAACAAACAAAAAAAAAUAUUGUGAUGUAAAUGAUUUUCUAGCCUGAGAACAUGAACUGACUCUUGUUGCUUCCCUGUCCAUACCACGAUUCCAGACGGGAGCGCAAGUGAUACAAAUGAAAUGGAAGA